AUGGAUUACUUCUACACUUUAGCUGAUCUAUACAAGAUUAACAAUGUAAGUACAGCGGAAUUCUUUCCAUUAUUGGGAACCGGAACAAACAGCACUAAACUGUAUAUUGAAACAGGGAUACAGUUGCUCGCCCUUCAUGACAUGGAUGAAGUGUCGGGGUCGCUGAAUCUCAUGCUGUAUUUAAAUUUGACCUGGACAGACAAUGUUGUCCGAGCCUCUGGGUUGGACAGUGAUGAACUGUUCUACGGAAGAGCCAAUUACAAUUUAGACUCUUUGUUACUUCCACAUGGCACAAUAUGGACGCCGCCGAUCGUUCUGCUGAAUUCUGUCGAUCUGGACCCUGAAAUUGGUGGCAUGUCGUUCAAACCCAGGUACUAUCUUAAUACAGGUGUUGUUGUUUGGAAACCGAAAGUGAAAGUGCAAUCAACAUGCUCCCCAGACGUGACCUUUUACCCGUUUGACAUUCAGUCAUGCUCGUUUAGUUUUGUGCUUUGGGAUCAUGAUGUUGCUUAUGUAGACUUUGUGAAAACCAACGAUAAGAUAAACAUUACACUUUUCGAAGAAAAUGGAGAAUGGGAGUUUAUCAGGUCAAGUGUAGAAACCAAAUAG